UCUAUUAGAGAUCCUAUAUUCUCAUAAUAUUUGAUGUCAGGUUAGUAAAGAUAUAAGCGACGAAGAUUUUCCCGAAAGGUCGGUAAAAAUUGCGAAAAAUUACUGCAGAAAUCCAACGAGUGAUAAUAGAGGGCCAUGGUGUUAUACUUUGGAACCUUCGCUUAUAGACGAUGAAUGUGACAUACCACUUUGUAAUUUUGGAGAAUGCAAACUAUCGGGACCAGGAGCUGAAUAUGGAGGGACUAAAGAAAUCGCAACGUCCGCAAGUAAAUGUAGAUCAUGGCACAAACGAUACGAGCCUGAAGAUUCGAAGAGUGAAAAGUUCAGAGAUCAGGACUUUCCUGAUCGAUCACGUAGGGAGGCAGAAAAUUUCUGCAGAAAUCCGUCAGGUGACGUCGGAGGGCCAUGGUGUUACGUCGAAGAAGGUUUCGAAUAUGUUCGAAAGCAGUAUUGCGAUGUUCCAUUUUGCGACGAUAGAGAUUGCGUAGCAUUUACGAAGAAUUCGUCUAAUUAUGCUAUACUCACAAAAUUACACGCACCCAGUGGCAACACUUCGUUUUGGGUUAAAUUGUGGAAUCCA